AUGAUGGCCGCAACGGGGGAAGAUUCUCGAGCACUUUUCGGGGCUGGCGUCCGCGCGGCGCUGGAGGCCUGGCCGGCUUUGCAGAUCGCCGUGGAGAAUGGCUUCGGGGGCGUGCACAGCCAGGAGAAGGCCGAGUGGCUGGGGGGUGCAGUGGAGGAGUACUUCUUCCGCAACGCUGACUUGGAGCUAGAUGAGGUGGAAGACUUCCUCGGGGAGCUCAUGACGAACGAAUUUGAUACCGUUGUGGAGGAUGGGAGUCUGCCCCAGGUGAGCCAGCAGCUACAGACCAUGUUCCACCACUUCCAGAGGGGUGAUGGGGCUGCUCUGAAGGAGAUGGCCUCCCACAUCACCCAAAGAAAGUGCAAGGUCAGAGCCACUGCAGUUACAACAGCCAGAGAGACAGAUGAGGAUGACGCGGACAGCGUGGAGGAGAUGGAGGUCACAGCUAUGAAUGAUGGGGAAACUACAGAUGGGGUUUGCCUCCAGCCUGAAUCCUCUGGUCCAGACUCCCAGACUAUUAAAGAAGAGGAUAUAGUGGAGGAUGGCUGGACCAUUGUUCGGAGAAAGAAAUGAGUAGGGCUGGAAAUGGUUUGGGCCCUUGCUUGCUAGUUGUUUUGACACUUGUUUGUAGGGGUUUGGGGGAGGGUUGUGGACUUCUGGACUGGUUGCCCCAUCUCCACCCUCUCCCAGUUCCCCUGUCCAGUUUCCUCUAGUGGAAGAAGAGCUUUAGGGUCCUUGUUCUUGAGGUAGUGGGACCUGGUUCAUCACACUCCCUUGGGCCUUAAGUUACUGGCUGCAUGAUGAGGCCUGGUUUGCUAGCACAUUCUUGGGUACAGUCAGUAUGAGGAGGGAGGGAUGAGUGGGUGUGGGUGUUACUGGAGGAGAAACUAAAUACUGGUUGACAAUAGCCAGGUGGAUUUGUGAAGGAGAGGACCAGUACUCCUGCUGGGUCAGGAGUGGUGAGAUAAAUGUGCAGACCAGAAGCGAGAUGAGGUGAAGACGUGAACGAAAAUAGCUAUGGUACUUCUCCCUCUUUUCCCCACCCCCAUAACACAGAACAAUUCUGUACCCCUGCCCAGAAAUUGGAACCUCCCAGGAACACUCCCUUCCUGCAGCCCAGCCUCCAGCCCUGGGUUCCUUCAGGAAGUCUAAGAUUUGGGGUAGGUGGUGAGUUUGGGGGACCUGGGCUUUGUUUUCUGUCUCCCCCAGCCUCUUUCCAUACUCUUAUCCAAGUCCAGAGAUGAGGCUUACAACCUCAAUAAAUAGUACCUUAUUGUUUAAUCUGUGGCUUGACCAGUGAAUAGCCUUGGAAUCAGCCUUGUAGGAGCUGGGCCUCAAAGCUCAGCAAGGGAGAGGUUUCUGGGCCCACCCUAGCAGCCUGUUACUUUGAACAAACAGUUGGACAAAUGGAGCACAGCAGCACUCUGAAAGUUUCCGUAAGCCCGAAAUAAACUGUAUUUUUUUAAAAAAA